GAGGCUAUGGCGAGGACACAAUGUUGGACGGAAUGAAACGAUCUGGACAUGCUAUGGCUUACCGGUGGAUCCAGUACGAUACAGAGGAUGGUGAGAGAUUAAGUGCUAUAUAUACUUCUACGAAGGCCAUGGUUGCUCUUGUGGAUGACACUCAUCCUCCGAGUGUGUCAGCUUUCGCUCAGUCUUGAGCUCAACUCAGUCACGGUUCCAUGUCGGACUACUAGGACCGACGACCACUGGCGUAUGCUUGCCUAUCACAAGGCUCUCAGCGCUCAUCGGAGACAGCCGAAGAAGAUUGUCACCAAUCGCAGGCCCUGGCUAUUCCAUGGAUUGGAGAGUGUUUGGCAGACAAGAUCGAAGAGAUUCUGUGUACAAACCGACUCCACCUGGAAACUCAACCACAACACGCGAAGACCGUAUACUCCAAGUUUUCUUGGGUGUCUUGAUGUUGGAGUAACACAGGCAUCGAAAUGGCUGGCCCAAGGGUACAGGUUGUUGACAGACUUAAGGACCAAAGCGCCCAUUCUCCAACAACAGCGGGUCGGCGUGGACCACUACUACGGUUUCUCAGCGAAGCUCAGGCUGGUGGUCGGAAAACAUGGGAAGAAUACAUGGAAGGCUAUUCAAUAUGCGGAUUCUGUGAUGGAUGCAGCAGAUCUGUUUUUCUCAGAGGCGAAAGAAGCGCCACCUACAAUUGGGCACCCGUCGAUUGGAUCACUGCCGAUAAGGGCAACAAUGCCCCCUCCCACAGGUUUCUUGUCCCUGGUUCCUCAACCGUCUCGAUGACUUCAUGGGAAAACAAGAUCGCCAUACUGAGAGGCUGCGGCUUGUUCGCAAAAUCGAGUCUACCAGCUCGCCUCUCGCGACUCCUUGUGUUAUUGCGCUCGGCUUGACAAGAUAUGCGUCAUGUCCCCC